AUGGAUAUACCCGAUCCAUAUUUGCCAGGUGCAAUAAGCCUGCUGGAUCAACUGGAUAAGAAAAUUCUUGUGAUUUUGCGAGAUGGUCGUACAUUGAUCGGUUAUUUAAGGACGAUUGAUCAGUUUGCGAAUUUGGUGCUUCAUGAAGCAUUAGAGAGGAUUCAUGUUGACAAAAUGUACGGGGAUAUUCAACGUGGUAUAUUUGUAAUACGUGGUGAAAAUGUCGUCCUGGCCGGCGAAAUUGAUGAGGAAAAGGAAAAAACAACAGAAAAAAAGCAGUUGGAAGAAACACGGAAUCGGAUACUGAAAGGAAGUGGCCGUGUUCCAGCAGCGCGAACUGAUAUUUUCUACGAUGAAACAUAG